AUGUCGAAGCGACCAGGCCCUUCUGACACGGGCUCGCCGGAGCAUUUGCCACCCACAUCCUCGCGUCCUACCAAACGCGUGCGAGGCCCAUCAAUCAACUUGCCUACCUCAGACACGUUCGAUGGCCAGGUGAUCGACGUCAGCGCGACUGACUACCCUGUCGCCGGCACUCACCAUAGCGCUACAGCCAAUGGCACGAGUAGCUAUCCCACUUCCCUGGACCACCACCCUCAGCCAGAGCAGCCCCACAAUCGUAUCGCCCACAUCAACCGUGCCUCUACACUGUCCAGUGCUGGUGUCAACCAUGUGAAUGCCCACAUCUUGAUCAACGGUGCUCACAACAGCUCUCAGCAAGGCAGCCCUUUCGCAUCUCCUGUCUCUACUCCUGCUCCUGCUCCUGCUUCUGCUUCGCACAUCACAGGCAGCGAUGACUUUGCAUCUCCUGCUUCUACUGCUGCUCCUCACAAUACAGCCAAUCAGGACUUCGAAUCACUCGAGGACAACCAGCGAUAUCAAGCUCUGAGGCAAAUCCAGCGUAACCAUGCUACGCUGAACCAUCGGUUCGCCUACCAGUAUAACUUGGACUUGUCUGGAAGUCAGUAUGGUUAUUCAUCACCGCAACCUGGUCCAUACACGCCGACCAACACGACAUAUCAAGCUCACCUCCCAGCUUCGAUGCCGCCUCACGGGUCUUUCCGACCUCGGAUGCCACAUCUAGAUCUGCCACAAAUUCCCUCGCAGGCUUGCAGCGGCUCGAACGUGCAGCAGUAUGCUCAGAUGCCGCAUCAAGGUUCUUUCCAGGCUCCUGCCCAAGCAUCUGGCUCCUCCAGUGUACAUCAUCAAGUGCCGAGUUAUGGCUACAUGAACAACACCACCAACCUGCCCACAUUAGCUCCAGCCUACGCGUCAACGGCGGCAGUGACGGCAGGCGGCAUUGGAAGAAGCCCUGUGUCUGCUCCACCGACUUAUCAGAUGCCGUGGGCCAACCUAAAUGCUGUCACGACAACGGCUGUAGUACGUGCUGGCGCCACUCCAACAAAGCCAUUCACCUACAGGCAGAACAUCAAGGUUGCGCACACUUGUGAGCCUUCUGGUACGCCACUACUCACGAAGUACAAGAUGGGACAUUACACGUACACUCAGUCUACUGGCAACAGCGAGCCGCAGGAGGAAGUCACCAUUCCUGCUGCUGGAGGCAGAGUUGAGCAGUGGUGGCGCUGCAAUAUUGCACGCUGCAAGCAUUGUGCAUCGACAGCAACGGGUACAGAUCUUACGGCGUCCAUUGCCAAGUCGCACAACCUUGUCGGUGUGGCUGUGAAGAAGAGCUAUGCGGAUAAGGCGGCUUCGGCAGCGCUGCCAACUGCGGUGCAGAGUGCGAUCACUUCAACUCGUGGCUUGGUGCCGCAACAGUCUGCCCGGAGUUCGUUAUCAUCCUUCCUUGACCCGCAGCGGAUGGCUUCGGCGCCGACCAUCAGCCUUCAACAGAAUCAGUACGGCUCGAGAAGCGGUGCUCCGCCGACGCAACAGGCUCCCGCUCGUCACAACACCCUUCAGAUGGCAAUGCAGGGCUCUUCGACCACAAGUUUGCCAUGUGAUACGACCGGCACUAUCUUUACAUCAUCUCGCAACAACUUCCGCAUCCCACCAUCAAGUCAAUACCCUGCCUCGCAACCUAGCAACAGCAUGCCGCCACCUCAGGGUCCCGCAUUGCCUCUCUCUGCUGUGGCUGGUCCAGUCGAUGGCGCUCUGACUCGUGUCCGUGGCCCCGAGUCCGCUCACGACGACUCUGCUCCCGCUACGCCUCAUGAUUCACCUUUCGAGUCCACCGAGAUAAGUGUGGAGCCAGAACAGGAGCAGCAGCAGCCGCACGAACAGCUUCGUACUCACCGCUCGGAUCCUAUGCUACCUACUAUGGGCGACGAUGUAGAUGCGCGGUUGGCGCGCGCUUUUCAGGCCUAUAACCAACAGCAGCGCAGGAACUCUACCGCUCCGCCAGCGAUGACCAUCCUAAGCUAG